UUCCUUUAUCUAUUGUUAGUCUCACAUUGGAGGUCAGUAGAAGUGCACGGAUCAUUUAAUUAUUUCAAGAAAUGAGAUUUGACCAUUUAAUGACCACAAAAUUUACUCACAAGAGACUGCUCUAUUUUCUGUUAAAAAGUAAAAUGAAUUAUAUUUGUAUUGUUUUAAUUAUAUGUGGUGCUAUAGAUGUAGUCAGAUCUUGUGAUUGGAAAAAUUAUAAUGUUCAAUGUCAACAGAGGGAGAAGUGUUUGGAUUUAAUAAAUUAUUCUCAUGUGACAAUGUGUAUUAAUGAUUGUAAGAAUGAAGCCUGGGAUAAUUGUUUGCAAAGUAUUUGGAACGUUUCAGUAAACGGCACUAAAUAUGGUGCUGAUCUGAAGAGAAAUAAACGACAACCAGGAAGAACUAAAUUAAAAAAUCCCGGAGCCUUAUGCAAAGGAAGUCAUGAUGAUGAAGAUACAUGUAGAAAGUUUUGUCCCUAUAAGUAUUGCAAAUGUAGAGCAACAUGGGUAGGGGGAAAAGAACAAAUGGAUAUGACAUAUGACUGCACCCCAAAAUAAUCCAGUGUAAAUUAUGUCAAAUUAUAAUAUGAAAUUUCAAAACCUAUAGUUGUAGUUAGAAAAUUAGAUUUAGUUCAUUUCACCAAUUUAUCCAUAAUUUGAUAGACCUCAGUAGGUACUUAGUUAAAUUUUGAUAAAUGAUGAUAAUUGUUAUAAAAUAAUGUUUUAGAUGUAAUAAGGUUAUUUAUUAUUAUUUAAAAAAAAUUGAAGUUAUGUACGUUUUAAAAAAUUUCAAUUUAACGUCAGGCCCACGUGAUACAGGUCUAUAGAUAUGCCAAGUUUUUACUCUGUUCUAUUAUCAUGAAAUUAAUAUUGUUUAUUGUUGUUUAUUAUGAUGUUUUUUCAAAUAUAGUUUAUUUGCAAUCUUA